AUGUCUGUUCUCAAUCUGAAUCCAAGCUACGAGUGGCAAGGAAACGAUGGAAACUGGUCAACAUUCACGCUUCGUUUGGGCACGAUUCCUCAGCCUGUCCACGUUCUUCCUUCUACCUCAGGCUCGACAAUACUGGUCGUUGACCCUCAAGGAUGCGAGUCGGCGUUCACAAAAUGUGACGAUCUACGAGGGUCCACUUUCAAUCAGAAUGCUUCAUCAACCUUCCACCGCAUCAUACAGUCAGAGCAGCAAACCGCGUUCAACGUCAGCUUUGACUCAGAGAAGUCGCUCGAAUACACAGCUCUGGGACCCGUUGGAGUCGAGGACAAGGUGUUACUUGGCAAUGAGGGGGCCAGUCGACCUCUGGAUCCUCAAGUAAUUCACUCUUACUACGACUACUUCCCAUUCUUGGGUUUCUUUGGGUUGGAGCAGCAGAAUUCAUCAGUGUUCGCAAACGAAACGUACCGGAGCAUAUUGGGAUCUCUGAGUAACUCGAGCAACAUCCCAAGCGCAUACUGGGCGUAUACCGCCGGAUCACACUGGACAGAGACCUGGGCCAGCCUCACAUUUGGUGGCUACGACAAGGCACGGGGCGACAUAAGUAAGGGGCUCGAGACCGACUUCAGUGAAGGGACCCAGACUUUUCAAGUCUCCAUCAAGGGCAUCACGCUACAGAGGCCCUCCAAGAAUGUCACGGCGGCUGGCAGCUUCCCUGUGACUUCAUUCCUUGAUUCAGUGGUACCCGAGAUCUGGCUCGCAGAAGAUACCUGUGAUACAUUUGCGGACGUGUACGGCUUGGAGUGGAAUGAAGAGCAUGAAAUGUACUUCAUGAACGAGUCUCAACAUGUAGCGAAUCUUUACACCGACCCAAAAGUCACAUUCACAAUCAUGUCGAACAGUGACGCUGCGGCUAAAACGGUAGACAUCGUCUUGCCGUACGGGGCCUUUGACACAGUUGCAAGCUAUCCGCUGGCGGGCAUUCAGAAUCUGACCGACCGGCAGCGCUACUUUCCACUGAAACGUGGAAGCCCAAAGCAGCAGUAUCUCGGGCGAACUUUUCUCCAAUCAGCAUAUAUGGCCGCAGACUACGAUCGUCAGAAGUUCUACCUCACGCAAGCGUCGUAUCCAGGCUCUCAAGCCUCAUCGAACAUCGUCAAGAUCAACAGAACUGGUAGCAGUAGCCAAGGAUUGAGCACAGGUGCCAUCGCCGGCAUUGCAGUUGGUGCAGCAGCGAUAGUAGCUCUCGCAGGCGCCGCCAUUUUCUGGUUCAGGCGGAAGAAAAAGCAAAACAAGAGAACGCACUACAGUGGCUCAUUCCGGGCUUCAAGCAUUGGUGGAACGACAAUGGAUGGUACACAUGAAGGCAUGCUAUCACAGGAAUACUUCAAGCCCGAUGGACACAAUUCCGAACUCCCAGAAGACCAAUUCAAGCAGGAACUCGAUGCCAUAACCACGGCUCGCGGUUUUGUACGCCAUCACCGCGCCGAGCUGUCGGGAAGCGUUCGUCGCACGAGCCAGCAAUCCGGUCUUUCGAGAGACAGUGCAGUGUCGCCAAUGGGAGACCGCGGACGACGUCCCGUGAGCCAUCUGAUGCAGCAAUCGCCCGCCUCAUUCGGACAGCCUUCACCACCACAUCUGUCGCAUCGCAACUCGGGUCAAUCUUCGCCUGGUGCUCCCUCACCACCGAUGACUGAGUCGCAGUACUGGGGUCUCAGCGGACCGUUUGAAUUGUCGGCUAUAUCGCGAGAGCACGCUAGUCCUGUGCUGCCUGAUCCAGCGAUUGAGCCGAUUCGCAGUGAACCGAUUACGAUAUCGGACUUGGACUCUGGUACGGUCGACAGCGCCGUCGUGGCUCCACUAUCCGUGCAGAGGGCUGAAGACACGGCGUACAACGAACAGCUUCGUGCCAAUAUGCGUGGCCCAGUACCUGACGGCAGAUCUUGA